AUCUGGAGUUCUCUGCGAAUCACCGUGCUGUGAAGCCAUGGCAAUGAAGUUGCUUUGUGGUUGUCUUCUGGCAGUUGUCCUGCUUGGCUGUCUGGCUGACGCUCAAUAUGGCCAGAUUCAGCAGCAGCAGAGGCCCCAGACGCCGCCGCAGCCUCAGAGGCCCCAGACACCCCCCAGAAAGUACACGCCUCUGCAGCCAACGCAACCUCCGCAGCCUCCUCAGCCUCCGCAUGCUCCGCAGCCUCAGCCAUUUCAGCCAAUUCCUCAGAUCAAGCAGUCCCAGCAGCCUGCAAAAACAUUUCACACUUGUGAAGUGGCUGAGGCCUACAAGAUACAGUGUGGAGCUGCAGACAUCUCUGCUUCAGAUUGUCAGGCUAUAAACUGCUGCUUUGAUGGACGCAUGUGCUACUAUGGCAAAUCUGUGACUCUUCACUGCACCAAGGACGCCCAGUUCAUCUUGGUGGUGGCCAGAGAUGCCACCCUACCAAACCUCGACUUGGAGUCAAUUGCCUUCUUUGGAGAAGGUCAAAGAUGCAGUCCUGUUGGCACCACUUCAGCUUUCGCCAUCUACCAGUUCCCUGUCACGGAGUGCGGCACUGUCAUGAUGGAGGAGUCCGGGGUUAUAAUCUAUGAGAACAGGAUGAACUCCUUAUAUGAAGUCGCUAUUGGACCCUAUGGAAGCAUUACCAGGGACAGCCACUAUGAGCUGCUUGUCCAGUGUAGAUAUAUCAGCACCUCAGUUGAGGCUCUGGUCAUUGAGGUUGGCCUGGUUUUUGCACCCUCAGUUGCAGCUCCUGGACCUCUGCGCGUGGAGCUGAGGCUGGGCAACGGACAGUGUGCUAACAAGGGUUGUGCGGAAGAGGAUGUGGCCUACAGCUCCUUUUACGUGGAUUCCGACUACCCCGUCACAAAGGUGCUCAGGGAUCCCGUGUACGUUGAAGUCCGAAUGCUGGAGAGGACCGAUCCCAACCUCGUCUUGACUUUAGGAAGAUGCUGGGCAACUUCUAACCCGUACCCUCAUAGUCUUCCUCAGUGGGACUUGCUGAUUGAUGGCUGCCCAUACCGUGAUGACCGUUAUCUGACCGCCAGUGUCCCUGUGGGUGCCUCAUCAGGACUCGUCUACCCAUCCCACCACAAGCGCUUUAUUUUCAAGAUGUUCACGUUUGUAGCUACUGGAGAUCCCGAUCCCAGCACGGGAGGGUCUGCAGAUCAAGUGGCUAUGACUCUUCUCAAGGAAAAGGUGUAUAUCCACUGCGAAGCAAUUGUGUGCCGACCCACUCCGGGAAAUAAUUGUGAACCUCGGUGCUACAGAAAGACGAGAAGCGUUGCCGCAUCUGUCCAGGGAGGCUCCAGAGCGGAGACCACUGUGGUUAGCAGUAAGGAGCUUGUCAUCAUUGACCCAAGCCGAAUUCAAUAACAACAUGCAGACAGGACAUUAUCAUGACAUCUCUGCUCCAGAUGCUUACUGAAGAGUGACUGAGUUUCAAAUAAAUCUCCCAAAUUGCUGAA